UUUAAUUUUUUGUAAAUUAUUUUAAAUUUUAAGGGAAAAUGGACAAGGAAAGUGAGACUGCGUUGUCUGACGUAAAUAAGCUAAUUACCAAGAAUUAUAAGCUAAUUUCUAAGAUUUCUAGGGUUCAGGGGAAACACAUGGUUAUUGAGAUUGUUGAGGGCCAGUUUAAGAUGAACGAAUUUAGCUGUAACGACCUGUUAAGGAAGGUUCGAGACAGUUACGACGUCUCUGACUCCAAGUGCGAUGGCGCUAUUUCUUACAGGGACUGCAAGAUGAUGUUGUCUGACGUGGAGUUUGUACACAAUAUUGACACUCGUUUUGAGUGUAUUUUGGUCCGCCUGUUCCCUCUCUCUUGCAUAAUUCUGAAAAAUUCAGUCCUGGUAGUUGUGAACGAGAACAUGAAGAUGGAUGGAUUUAUCAAGGAUUUAUGCAGAAUUACGCAGUUUUACAGCCGUUUUAACGCAGACAACGCCAGGAAUCGCACAGUCCCAGGCUCUGAAACUAGUAAUAACUCGUCUGAGCAGUCUCUAGUUGGAAGUGAAGAAAGCCAAAACACCUUUAAUUUUAAGUUACCCUUUGAAAUCUGCGUACUAGAAUGCUGCUUCAUCACCGCUCUAUCGCAUCUAGAAUCUGACUUGAUAGUGUUUGAGGAGAAGAAUAAAAUAUUGGAGGAUAAGGUAUACAAUAAUAAAAAGUUCAAGGACAUUUCAAUUAUAUUACAUGAUUUGAAACACCCGGUGUCAAAUAUGAACGAGAUGUCCAGGGGAUUUGAGGACCUCAUCAACGAAAUUCUAAACUGCGACGAAAACAUUAAAGUCUUAGAAUUCAGUAAUCACAUCCUACACUACGGAUCCGAAACCAUGCGCAACAAUCUGUCGUAUCGCCCUGUGAACCAUGACUUGCAGUUUUUGCUGGAGUAUUUUGACCAGGAGAUAGAAAUGUUGUGUAAGAGAGCGAGGACACUGGAUAAUUCACUGGUUCAUAUAGAACGCUAUAUAAACUUGGAAUUGGCAAUCACAAGGAACGAAAUGAUGCGUUUAGAUGUGAUGUGUAGCAUUUUGGGCGUGUCAUUCGGAGUUGGAGCUUGUCUGUCAGGCCUCUUUGGAAUGAAUGUGAUCAACGGAUUAGAACAAAGUCGAUACGCUUUUACUUCUAUCACGCUAGCCUUUCUGUCGGUGCUAUUUGUGGCCAUUUACGUGACCAGGGUGCUCCAAGUCAAACAUAGGGUUUAAUUUAUUGUGUU